GGGUUUCUCUUUGGUGGCGCGGCAGGCAUCGUUCGUGGAGCUCCUGGUUUUCUAUUCGCAACUGCAUCCGCGAUUCAGACGUUCGCAAUUGGAUCUACAUUCACUGGGGUCCGACUGGGCAUCAUCCAUGCAUGGACAACAGAGAGUCGAUCGACCACACCAUUGGAUCGUACCAAGGCAAGCGCGAUCGCCGGAGGGUUCACGGGAGGUCUGAUCGGCUUCAUCACGCGCGGUCGAAGCAAUGCCAUCCCAGGUGCGAUCAUGUUCACGCUGUUUGGAGCCGGAGGUCAACAUGUCUACAAUAAGCGGACCGCUGCACCGUCCGCAGAGCCGAAGAAGAAUUUCUGGAGACGGAUGAGCGACAAAAGCUGGACUCCGUUCAAGGUUUUGACCAAUGAGGAGUAUGCAGAGAUGUUGAAGGAGAAGAUGCUCAAGUUGGAUGUCGAGAUUGCCAUUAUUGAUGAUAAGAUUGCUGGCUUGAAAGAGCAGCAGAGGGAUGAGAAGCAGGUACCUACCUCGCAACCUUCCGAGGACAAAGACCGGUCGAAUUCGUCGGACUGA